AUGAAGAAGUCUCUUCUAAGCUCUUCCAUCUUCAUCUUGGUUCUAACUCUUUCAUUUUCUUUUCCAUGGGCAGCUAUAUCUUCCGCCCAUGGUGUAACACCACGUUCUGAAGAUUUCAUACAUUGCAUACAAUCCAACUCCAACAAUGUCACCUCCAUCUCUAAACUCAUUUUCACCUCUGUGAAUGCUUCUUUCCUACCCAUUUGGCAAGUCGCGGUUGAAAACACUAAGUUUCUUAAACUUUCCACUCCUAAACCAUCAGUGAUAGUGACACCUGUGGAUGAAACACUGAUCCAAACGGCUCUAUACUGCGCCAAGAAACAUGGCUACGAGAUCAGAAUAAGAAGCGGGGGACAUGACGCAGAGGGCCGCUCCUACACUGCUAAUGUCCCAUUUGUUAUGAUUGAUCUCACCAACAUGAGGUCCGUAGACGUGGACUUAGCAAAGAAAACGGUGUGGGCCCAGGGAGGCGCUACGUUAGGUGAACUCUAUUACAGUAUUAUUCAGAAGUCCAAAACCUUGUUUUUUCCGGCGGGUCUUUGUGCUUCGGUGGGUGUUGGCGGACACAUGGGCGGUGGUGGCUAUGGAAACCUGAUGAGGAAAUACGGUACUGCUUCUGAUAAUGUUCUGGAUGCUCGGUUCAUGGAUGUCAAUGGAAAUAUUUUCAACAGGAAGUCGAUGGGAGAAGAUUUGUUUUGGGCGAUUAGAGGAGGUGGUGCUUCUAGUUUCGGAAUCGUUCUUGCAUGGAAGCUGAAGUUGGUUCGGGUUCCGAAAAAAGUAACUGUUUUUAUGCUGAGUAAAACUUUGGAGGAAGGAGCAACCCAACUUUUUCAUAAAUAUCAAUACGUUGCACCGACUAUUGAUAAAAAUUUGCAUAUACGAACCGUGAUGUCCGGUCAAUAUAUCGGCAACACCACUAAAAAAACUGUAGUAAUUACAUUCCAAGGAGUUUUUCAGGGCAGAAGUGACACAUUGCUUCGGUUGCUAGACCAAAAAUUUCCAGAGUUGGGUGUUACACGGGAGAUUUGUGAAGAGAUGUCAAUUCUUCAAUCAACCAUUGCGUUUUAUGGCUUGCCAAGCUCCACCCCAAUCGAAAUUGUCACAAACCGAUCUGGCAUACCCAAGGUGAACAGCAAAAGUAAAAUCGACUUCGUCCGGACACCGAUCCCUAAAAGUGGGCUCAGAAAGAUUUGGAGAAAAAUUAUGGAAAGUGAUGGAUCGGAACUUCUUGGGAGCAAUCCGUUUGGCGGAAGGAUGGCUGAGUAUUCUGAGACUGCAAUUCCAUAUCCUCAUAGAGCUGGGGUGUUGUACCAGUUAUUCAAGAAUGUCAAUUUUUACAAUCAACCUUCAGACACAACAACUAUAGCGCUAAAGAGGAUAGCAUGGUUGGAUAGCUUGGAAAAGUUACUGACGCCUUAUGUGUCAAAGAACCCAAGGGAGGCGUAUUCCAACUAUGCUGAUCUAGAUUUGGGUGUUGGAAAUGCUACUUAUGAAGAAGCAAGUGUUUGGGGCGAGAGAUAUUGGAAGAGGCGUAAUUUUAAGAAGUUGAUUCGAAUCAAGGCUAAAGUUGAUCCAGAAAAUUUCUUAAGAUACCCACAAAGUAUCCCUGUUUUCUAGACACCACUAUCCCACAUGUCGACAGAAAUGAUCCAAAGUUUGAUUUACUUUUUAGUUUUUUCUUUUUUUGUUUGAAUAAGUAGAUUCCCCCGAUGUUGGAUCUUAUCUUGACGGUCAAGAAACACUUCACCCUAUUUUAAAAA